AUGUCACUAAACAACAUCUAUUAUAAAUGUCGAUUUUCAACUGGCGAAGUGGUCGACAUAACAAAAUCAGUUAUUGAUAAAAUUCCCUACCUGUCAACAUUAUUCACAAAUGCCGACGAUGGCAAAUUCAAAUCCAUUCGUAAUGAUAGACAGGAAUAUGUUUUAGAUCAGAAAAUUGAAUAUAGAUAUUAUCGUCCAAUUCAUGAAUAUUUAGUAACUAAUCGUUCAUUUCUACUGUUUGCAAAAUUAUCGAAAAAAGAUGAUGUCCUUCAACUGAUCGAUGUGAUGGAUUUUCUUUGUAUCGAACAACCGUUGAUUAAAAUAAAUAAUGAAACACGUGAUCAAUUGAUAAAUGUUGAAAAUGAUUCUCACGCUCACCAACAAGCACGUGAUACAGCUGUUCAAUUUAUGUUAACUUUGUGUAAGCAAGAUUAUGAUGUAAAUCAUGUUGAGACAAAAAACCAUAUAUACCGAAAUGUUCUUUUCAUUCUGUCACAUCCACACACAUUCGGCAUACGUUUAAGGUAUCAUACAAGCAAAAUUGCUCAAGAACUUUUUCAAUUUACAGUGAAACAACAACAUAACUUAGCUAAAUGGUUGUCUAUUAUCACCAAUACAACGACCGACGAUGAUAGGACAGAUGAUGAACCAGCCACCACAACUUCGGAUGAUGAUUUUAUUUAUUCGGAUAAUGAUUAUGAAGAGAACGAGAAUUAUGACGUUUCAGUCAUGAAAAAGGGUGUUGUCAUAAAGAGAAAAAUAUAG